AUGUAUCGGUAUUCGUGCUGUGGUUACCAGCAAUCCACAACAAUCAGUAACCAUCAUGAAUUCGGAAUGGAAAUUGAACAACUUGUAAAUAUUACAUUUUCAACAAGUCAAUCAUUUCCAUCUUUGAUGAACAAUUAUAUGGAUGUGAUUCGUUAUUUAAAACAAGAACUGUUGAAACACUAUACAACGGAAGAAUUCAUUAUUAUUAUCGGUGGUACAAAUUCGUUUAAUUUUGAUACUGACUAUGGUGAAUAUAUGGCUGUUGUCCAACAGAAUAAUUAUAAAGUAUUAGUCUAUUCAACAAAACGAAAUUUAUCAUCUAUUAGCAAAAUCGUGACACGACAUUGCCGCGAACGACAUUACCUCGAAUACAGAAAACGACAUUACCGCGAAGACUCGUUUCUUGGAAAAGAAGAAUAG